AUGGUGCACGUCUUUAAUGCUGAAUAUUCAACAGUUGCUGAAUGGGCGGAAGAAAAAGAAGCCCUUGAAAUGGAUCCGAAAAUAUUUUACGGAAUUAACAGCAAAUAUGUUAGGGAUGUACCGGAGGAUAAUGAGAGUGAUGUUCCCGAUUUGUCAAAUGAUGAAGACAAUAAUAUCCCAAUAAACCAUCAUAAUAUAUUAGCCUACGAAAGUGAUGACUCUAUGCCUGAAGGAGAUUAUGACGAGACAACCAUUCCUGAAACGGAUGUGGAAUCUGCUAAAAGUGAAAAUAUGACUCUCCAGGAAAUUGCGGAGAAGAUAAAUCCAGGAUCCUGGAGAACCGGAAAUCUCAGGAAAGAUCCAAAGGAGCUUGAAUUUACGGGCAACCUGAAUAUGCCCCCAGAGGUUGCUGAUUUAGAGACACCAUCAGAGUUUUUUAAGUUCUUCUUGACUAAUGAAAUUAUAUCGACGAUAACUACUGAAUUAAAUUUAUAUUGCUUACAAAAACAUAUAAACCGUCCCGCAAACCUUACAGAUAAUGAAAUAGAACAAUUCAUUGGCAUGUAUUUAUAUAUGUCCAUCAUACAAUUGCCUCAAGCUAGGAACUAUUGGUCAUCACAUUUAGGCCACCCCGCCAUAUCUAGGGUCAUGACAUGUAACAGGUGGGAAGAAAUCAAACGAUUUAUACAUUUUAAUAAUAAUGAUAAUUUUAUACCUCGUGGCAAGCCCGGUCAUGAUAAGUUAUUCAAGAUAAGACCUUUACUAGAAAGAUUACAAGAAAGACUAAAUAUAAUUCCUGUUGAAGAACAUAUUGCGGUCGAUGAACUAAUUAUUCCCACUAAGGCCAGAUCGACAAUUAAACAAUAUAAUCCAAAAAAGCCACACAAGUGGGGCUUUAAAGUAUUUGUGCUGAGUGGAAUCUCCGGCUUUAGUUACAGUUUCGACAUUUUUGCUGGUUCUCAGAGCAACAUCGUUCCUGCCGAUGCUCCUGAUUUGGGAACUAGUAGUAAUGUGGUGGUGAAAUUUGUUGAAAGAGUCCCCAAACACGAAAAUCAUAAGAUUUUUUUUGAUAAUUGGUUUACUAGCGUCCCGCUUAUGGUUUACUUGACCAAGAAUGGUAUUCAUCCUCUUGGAACUGUGCACUUGAAUCGAGUUCAAGGAUGUAAAAUGCUGUCAGAAAAAGAGUUUAAAAAACUUGGACGAGGAUCUUGGCAAGAGAAAACUGCUAUUAAAGACGAUGUAAAGCCAACGGGAACUAAGCAAAGAUUUUUUAGAAGCGAGAAAUGCUACAAGAAUGUGGAGUGCCCGCAAACAAUUUUAAAGUAUAAUGAAUACAUGGGAGGUGUAGACUUAUUAGGCUCUAUGCUCGGUUACUAUUGCAUUAAAAUUAGAUCCAAGAAAUGGUAUCUUCGCAUUUUCUUUCAUUUUAUGGACAUGUGCGUUGUAAAUAAUUUUAAGGUGGCUAUUGCAGAUGCCUUAUGCAACAGUGGGAAAUCUGUAUUAACCAGAAAACGUGGACGACCUAGCGCCAAUCUUGAAAAUGCUUAUUUGCAAAAGAAGAAACGUGGCCCUACGACUGAAAUACCCCAAACUGAAGUUCGAAAAGACGGAAUCGAUCAUUUUUCAGAAUGGAGAGAGAAUGACAGAAAUAGAUGCUAA